AUGGCGGCGGCGCUGCCCCCAGCGGGCCGCUCCAAGGGGGACAUCCGGGAGCAGGUGUGGGAGCACCUGGAGGCCGAUUUCCCGCGGCCCGUGCGCGGCCGCAUCCCCAACUUCAAGGGCUCCCUCCAGGCCUGCUGCUCUCUCAGGGAGCUGCAGGUGUUCAGCAGAGCACGGGAGGUGAAGGUGGAUCCUGACAAACCUCUGGAAGGCGCCCGGCUGGCAGCUCUGCAGGCAAGGAAGACUUUGCUGGUUCCCACACCACGUCUGAGGACUGGGCUGUUCAACAGGAUUGUUCCCCCUCCAGGUGCAACCAAGGAGAUGCUGAGGAGAUGUGCCACAUCCCAGGGUGUGAGAGACUUCAGCGUGCCUGUGGGGCUGGAUAGCAAAGCACAAGUGGACUUGGUUGUUGUGGGGUCAGUGGCUGUCUCUGAAAAAGGCUGGAGAAUUGGCAAAGGGGAAGGUUAUGCAGACAUGGAAUAUGCAAUGAUGGUGUCCAUGGGGGCAGUGCAGGAGGACACACCUGUGGUGACCAUUGUGCACGACUGCCAGGUGCUUGAUAUAGCAGAGGAGCUGCUGGGUGACCAUGAUUUAACUGUGGAUUACAUCCUCACUCCAACCAGGACCAUCCAGACCCACUGCAAACGACCAAAACCUCAGGGAAUAAUGUGGCACAAGGUCAGCUCUGAGAUGCUGGGAAAAAUCCCCAUCCUAAAGACUCUUCGCUGGAGGGAGAAGCAGGCUGGCAAGGAUGUCACCCUCCAAGAUGAACACCCAGCCCUGGCAAACACCAGCAGAGCAGCAAUUCCAGACAGGAAGGUGAUGGCUGCAAAUCCCCAGCCAUGGAGUGACCCUGUAAAUCCCAAAUCUGUAAAUCCCAAAUCUGUAAAUCCCAAAUCUGAGGGGUCUGACACCACCACCACUGUGUACGUGGGGAACCUGCCUGGCAGCCUGAGGGCGAGCCAGCUGAAAAGUGCCCUGAGGGAGCUGCAGGUGCUUCCUGCUGCCCUGAAGUGGCAGGGGGCACAGCACAGAGCUUUCCUGGACUACAGGGACCAGGGGGCUGCACACAGAGCUCUGUCCUCCUUGCAGGGCCUGAGCCUUGGGGGCAAUGCCCUGAGAGUGGAGCUGGCCAAGAGCCACAGGGACAAAGGGCAAGGAGAAAUCAAUACUCACAAAUGAGUAUGGAGGGGAAAAAAAAACACAGAAAAGGUGUUUUCAUUGUUUUGUGAGAAACCAACCUGAAGUUGUAAGGUUUUUGUAACCGUCAGGUUUAACAAAACCAAAUUUCUGCACAAACUUUCCUCACUUCUACACAUGGACAUGCAAAGGUUUGUCCCCACAAGUGGCAGAGGAGCCAUUUCUCCAUAAAUAAUUGCCCACAAACUACCCACACUCUGGUUUUGGUGCUGUUUAGUGGUUUUGUUAAGCCUGGCUUAAAGCCCUGCCCCUUGAUACCUGUGAGGUUAAAAGGCAGCAGCAGGAAAUCUGUCCUAAGGGUAACAAUUCUGUUUACUGAAAAAUGGGCUUUGCCUGUUAGAAGUUUUCAAUUUAUUUUUUAUAAAAAUGACCAGGGAGAGAGAGAUUAUGCUUUUUGUGCCUUGCAGAGUGGCUGUGGAGACACUGGCUUAGUUCUAGCUCUAGUGAGGGCUGGUAACACCAGGUGGGAAAGAUGGGAACCCUUUCUCAGCUUUUGGCUAAAUCAGCCCUUGAUAAACCUUAUAUUUCUUAUUUCAGAGGAAAACAAAUACUAAUUUCAAAUCCCAAUUUGCUUUUCCCAAAAACUGCUUUUCUGAUGGAUCAGAUAAUGAUAAAAUUAUAAUUUUAGAAUUUAGCUAUAUAGUUUUAUAAUUUAGCUGUAUAAUUUUAUA